CACAUAUUGUCAACAAUUCGUAAAGGGUUAAUUUCUGCCUGUGCGUGCGCGAUGGAUGGGCGGGCCGUUCGGCUGUGGGCGGCGCCUCGGGGCGACUAACGUCAAACUCAGUCGCAGUUCUGAUUGGUCAACAGAGAACUGGGCGGCGUCUUCUCCCUACACACACAUCGUGCUUUACAAUAGCGAGUAGAAACGCAGUGGAGAGACGUUAGGCACCGCAGAUAUGCAGGAUGACAACCAGCAAAUAGCGCUUCUCGUGAUCAUUUGACUCGCUUUUAAUCAUUUAACGAAAACUCCGGGAUUACUCUAUUACUUUAUCUGAAUAGAUAUUGUUACCAUUCAAGGAUGCAACGAGGAUAAAAUGAGGAAAAAGUCUUGGAGCUAUAUUAUUUCCGCUGGACGGACACGUUGAUAUUGUGCAUGGUUUGCUCUUGUUUUCAGCAUAUUAAUAUACUAUAGUAAUGCAUAACCAGGGCAUUCAAAUUUAAAGGUUGCUUGUUUUUCGGUACACCUGCCGUUUGAUUACUCGACCGACGACUUGCUGAUGCCAACAACUCCAGAUUGCCUAUAUGGCAGGAUCAUGAAGUUUUUGACGUUUAUCCUUUUACUUCCAGAAACCAUAAAGAGGACUAGAAAGAGUGGCAAACAGCUCAGCAAGUUGCCAGUAUGUUAUGAAAUCGUGAGUUUGUCCUUGAGGAAGAAGAUGGCUGCAGAAUUAUAUCCAGCCAGCAUAAAUACCAACCUCCCAAACAGCAACAGCACCGCCGUAACCACUACCAGCAAAAAGACCAUCGUCCAAGUCACUCAAACGGUGACCACCCCGACCACGACUGCCACUCAGCAGAACAUCAACAAUAAUAACGUAGAGACAGCCAGCUGGCAGUCCACUCAUCCGACACUGCGUGAGAGGAAUGCUUUGAUGUUUAAUAACGAACUUAUGGCAGAUGUUCAUUUUGUUGUGGGUCCUCCUGGUGCAUCGGAAAAAGUUCCAGCACAUAAAUAUGUGUUGGCGGUGGGGAGUUCUGUUUUUGGUGCCAUGUUUUACGGUGAUCUUGCUGAAGGAGAUUCAGAGAUCCAUAUUCCUGACGUAGAGCCUGCUGCUUUUUUAAUCCUUUUAAAGUACAUGUACAGUGACGAGAUUGAACUUGAAGCGGACACAGUGCUGGCCACUCUGUACGCUGCCAAAAAAUAUAUUGUGCCUGCGCUGGCUAAGGCCUGUGUCACCUUUCUGGAGACCAGCCUGGAAGCCAAAAACGCCUGUGUGCUGUUGUCGCAAAGUCGGCUGUUCGAGGAGCCUGAGCUGACCCAGAGGUGUUGGGAGGUCAUCGAUGCUCAAGCCGAGCUGGCCCUUCGCUCUGAAGGCUUCUGUGAGAUCGAUCUUCAGACCUUGGAGAUCAUACUGAAGCGUGAGACUCUCAACACCCGGGAGGCGGUAGUCUUCCAGGCCGCUCUUGAAUGGGCCGUGGCCGAAUGCAAAAGGCAGGGACUAGGGCAGACGUCUCUUAAUAAAAGAGCAGUGCUGGGAAAGGCUCUCUACUUGGUUCGCAUCCCAUCCAUGACCCUGGAAGAGUUUGCAAACGGGGCUGCGCAGUCAGACGUUUUAACACUGGAAGAGACUCAUGACAUCUUCCUGUGGUACACCGCAGCCAAUAAACCCAAGCUGGAAUUCCCGCUGCAAAAAAGAAAGGGCCUGACACCACAACGCUGCCAUCGUUUUCAGUCCUCGGCUUACCGUAGCAACCAGUGGCGGUAUCGCGGACGUUGCGACAGCAUCCAGUUUGCUGUGGACAAGAGGAUCUUCAUUGCUGGACUCGGUUUAUACGGAUCCAGUGGCGGAAAGGCAGAGUACAGUGUCAAAAUUGAACUCAAGCGCCAAGGAGUGACCCUGGCCCAGAACGUGACUAAAUUUGUUUCAGAUGGAUCCAGCAACACCUUCUCUGUAUGGUUUGAACAUCCUGUCCAAGUGGAACAGGAUGCCUUUUACACAGUCAGUGCCGUGUUGGAUGGAAAUGAGCUUAGUUACUUUGGACAGGAGGGUAUGACAGAAGUGCAAUGUGGAAAGGUGACCUUUCAGUUUCAGUGUUCUUCAGACAGUACCAAUGGGACCGGAGUACAAGGGGGUCAGAUUCCAGAACUGGUUUUCUAUGCCUGAAGUCCUCAGGAUGUCUGCAUUGCAGUGCAUUUCGCUUACUGGAUUUAGAUGGAUUGAAUAAAGGAGAAUACAGGGUCUCAUGGGGCUCGUGCCUUUAUAAUGUAGCAGUGAGAAACUCUAUUGUAAUGACUCUUCAAUACCACAACAGAUCCAGAUUCGGAUUGAAGGAAUGUUCUUCAACUUUAUUUAUUGCAAAAUAUAUAUAAAUAUAUAUUUGAUUUAAUUAUUGAUGCUAUGAACACGAUAGUUGUACUGAUCUACUAGUGGACAGAAGCCACUAAUAUUUCAUGUUUUGUAACUUGAGGUUAUUUUUUCAGCUUGAUGCUGAUAGACAAAUAAAGUGUCUUGUAUUAGUGAUAAGCUUCCCAAACUGCAGAUUAUAAAUGUUUUUUGACUCAA